GUUCCUCCUCUCUUAUCUAUCAAAGCUCGCAACUUUUUCUCUCCCGCUCUCAUCAUCGUGUCCUUUAUACAAAAGGGGGGCAAGACCCACAAUUUCGUGAUCGUUAGUUCCUUCUCCGGGCGGCCCGAGGCGAAGGGUUGUGGUUGAUUUUGGGGGUGGAGGGGAGGAGAGAGGAAAUGGACUUGCUGAACUCGUUCAUGAACUGGGCGGUGCCGCCGGCGAGCUUGGUGAUGCUGGCCUUCGCCUGGCCGGCGCUGAGCCUCAUCAACGCAUGCGAGUGGCUGUACAACACCUUCUACAGUGAAGACAUGGAGGAUAAAGUCGUUAUCAUUACUGGGGCUUCUUCCGGCAUUGGAGAGCAAAUUGCAUACGAGUAUGCCAAGAGGAGAGCGAACCUCGUGCUGGUAGCACGGAGAGAGUUCAGGCUCAUAGGAAUCAGUGAGAAUGCAAGAAUGUUGGGUGCAAAGCAUGUUCUUAUUAUCGCUGCAGAUGUCGUGAAGGAAGAAGAUUGUCGGAGAUUCAUCAAUGAGACCAUAAACUUACAUGGCCGCGUGGACCAUUUGGUAAAUACAGCCAGUCUUGGACAUACCUUCUAUUUCGAGGAAGUUAUGGAUACUUCUGUUUUUCCCCAUUUGAUGGACAUAAACUUCUGGGGAAAUGUUUAUCCAACAUAUGUUGCCCUUCCUUAUUUGCAACAGAGCAAUGGGAAAAUCAUUGUGAAUGCUUCUGUAGAGAGCUGGUUACCUCUUCCGAGGAUGAGUUUGUAUUCUGCGGCAAAGGCAGCACUUGUGAACUUCUAUGAGACUUUGAGGUUUGAACUUAAAGAUGAGGUUGGAAUAACCGUAGCAACACACGGUUGGAUUGGGAGCGAGAUGACCCGGGGCAAGUUCAUGCUAGAGGAGGGUGCAGAGAUGCAAUGGAAAGAAGAAAGAGAAGUACACGUGAGUGGAGGACCCGUGGAAGAGUUUGCAAAGAUGAUAGUCGCGGGUGCAUGCAGGGGAGACGCGUAUGUGAACUACCCGAGCUGGUAUGACACGUUCCUCCUGUUCAGAGUCUUUGCACCAAACGUCCUCCGAUGGACGUUCAGGAUCCUCCUCGCAACACAUGGAGCGAGAAGGACCUCAUUCAUCGGGACAGGAAGGCCAGUCUGGGAAGGUGGCAGCAGUGGGAGGCAGUUGCUGGAGGGCACCUCUCCAAGGAGGCUACUAGCGGCUCCGGUUACCAUCUCUCAGAUGAACCAGCUGCAGAAAGUAGAGUAAGGGAAGGCAUAAACAGAUGAGGAGAAUGGUUUUCGGUGUACAGGUGGUAUGUUUUGAUGUCGCAUUUAAUUUUUCGGAGAUUCUGUGGCGGGCCGAUGACAACAAUAAUGUAAGUUAGAUUGCUGUGUAUGUUAGGUACCAUUAAAAAGACCGUGAUGUGCAUGUUUGUAGUCAGCUGCUUCAAUAAAUGGCCCCUUCGCCA